AUGACUUCCCAAAAUAUCCCGCAGGAAGCUGUGAUCAAUUCCCGAACAGAGCGAUUGGCUAGCUGGGCUGCGAAUCUCAAGUUCACCGACCUUCCAGAUGAUGUCGUUCAGAAAACAAAGGACUUUUUUGUGGAUUGGCUUGGGUGUACUAUAGCAGGGCGUUGUCAUCCUGCGGUUCGAGCCAUUUCCAAAUUCGCAUCGCAUAUGGGACCCGCGACUGGGAAAAGUGAAUUUGUGGAUGGGUCUCUGGACUUUACGACGAGUGCUGCAUUUGCCAGCUUGGUGAAUGGUGCAUCGUCCCAUGUCGUUGAGCAAGAUGAUCUUCACAAUCGAAGUAUUAUGCAUCCGGCGACUGUGGUAUUCCCUGCGGCCCUCGCCGUAGCUCAGGAUGUAGGUGCUACUGGAGCGGACUUUAUCACAGCUUCUGUGGUUGGCUAUGAAGUGGGCUGCCGGGUGGGUGAAUAUUUGGGCAAGAGUCAUUAUGAGCGCUUUCAUUCCACAGCAACAGGCGGAGUCAUCGGAGCGGCAGCCGCCACAGCACAUCUACUCAGGUUAGACACCGCGCAGAUGCUGUCUGCAAUUGGAACGGCAGGCACACAGGCAGCAGGGCUAUGGCAAUUCCUGAUGGAUGCCACUCAUUCGAAGCAAGUCCAUACUGGGAAAGCAUGCUUUGACGGGAUUUUUGCCGCAUACACUGCUCGUGACGGGCUUCUCGGGACCAAGGAUAUUCUUGAGGGAUCCCGUGCAAUGGGCGCUGCAUUGGUUCCGGGGACUACGAACCCUGAUGCUAUUGAUGGGGAUCUCGGCAAUGACUACGAGAUCCUCCGGUCCAGCUUCAAAUGGCAUGCAUCGUGCAGACAUACCCACCCCAGUGCUGAUGCAUUGCUGAAGCUAAUGAGCAACCACGGCGUUGUCUUUGAGGACAUCGAGUCGGUAGUUACUCGAACCUACCAAGCCGCUAUCAAUGUACUGGGUAUGACUGGGCGGGGAGAAACUGUACAUCAAAGCAAGUUCUCCAUGGGCUUUGUGCUUGCCGUUGUCGCCAAAAAGGGACAAGCGAUGAUCACCGACUUUACGGAAGACGAUCUUGAGGACAGCUCCUUGAGAGAAUUCCAACAACGUGUAAAGAUGGAAUUGGACCCAGAGAUUGAUCAAGCCUUUCCUGAAAAGUGGAUGGGAAGUGUCAUUGUCAUCACGAAAGAUGGAAGGUCCUUUACCGAAUUGGUGGAGUUUGCCAAAGGAGAUCCGGAACUUCCUCUGACCAGGUAUGAGAACCCCCUCCCAGACAAAUAG